AUGAAUUCGCCAUCUUCUUCUUCGAAGCAGUGCGAGGGAGAUGAGCCCGGUGUGUGCGUGAUGCGCGCGCCAGGGUCGGUGGGCGUGGGCGCCGCUGGCGUGCCGCGCUGGGCGCACUCCGCGCCCGCGCCGCACACCGACUACGCGCGCCACAUCGCGCCGCUGCACCCUCACCCUGUGUUCCUACACGAUGACCAGAUCAACAACCGCAUCGCGAUAUGGCAAGGCGACAUCUCAACAUUAGAAGUGGACGCCAUCGCGAACACAACGGACGAGACCCUCACAGAGUGCAACUCUGUCAAUGAACGUAUACUGCAAGUGGCCGGACCGGAGCUCAAAGAGGAAAUCAUCACAAGGGGUUACGAAUGUCGUACGGGUGACGUGGUAGUGACGCCGGGUUUCGGACUGCGGUGUCGUCACAUCAUACACACUGUGAGCCCCAAAUACGUUGCCAAGUACCACACCGCCGCAGAAACUUCACUCCAUAACUGCUACAGGAACGUGGUGUGCAAGGCGCAGGAGCUGGGCGCGCGGUCGCUGGCGCUGUGUGCGCUGAGCGCGCCGCACCGCAACUUCCCGCCCGACCUCGCCGCGCACGUCGCCUUACGUACGGUCCGGCGGCACUUGGAGCAGCAGCGACUGCCGGCGCUGGUGGUGGUGGCGGCGGCGCGCGGCGCGGAGGCGGCGCUGCUGGUGGCGCUGGCGCCGCUCUACUUCCCGCGCGACGCGCACGAGGCCGACGCGCAGCGCUGGCGCCUGCCGCUCGAGCCCGCCUACCACGACCGCCGGAUACGCAUCAUACACAACCCGCACGAGCACAGCUCCGACACCGACAAGUUUCUUUGUAGCACCCACAAAUCAGGCAUUGCACUCCUUGAUAUUAAAAUUGUUUUCCAAUACUUGUACACUUACAAUGUGAUAUUUCAUAUCAUCGGUAGCACUGAUUCAAACGUAGAUAACGGUCGAUAA